GGGAAGGGAAGGGUGAAGAGCUAGCAGGAGGUUUGGACAAAGCUUCUGCUGAAACAAAUCAUUGAUGGAGAGGUGAAUGUUACCUUAGAAACCACAAACCUGCAGAGAUUGAGAGAGUUGAAGUAGGCCCAGAGCAAUUAAUAUGUGUUUUUCUUAUGUGGUGACACGUGCGUCAAUCUACAGAGCUCUUUGGCCGGUGGUAGUUUUGGCCUGAGUUGGUGAUCGGCAUCAUGGAGGUGGUUAUGAACAUUCUCAAGACACCAGUGCCCAGUAGGGUGUCUAUGACCCUGGGCCUGUUCAUGAUCUUCCUGGCUCUGCUGUACUGGUAUGCUACGUUCCCCUAUUCGUCCCUGGCUCAAUGUGGAAUAAGGCACCCCAAACCGUCCCCAUUCUUUGGGAACCUGUUUCUAUUUCGUCAGGGCUUUUUCGGUGUUCACACAGACCUGAUUCACAAGUAUGGGAGAGUAUGUGGAUAUUAUCUAGGCAGGAGGCCCGUGGUGGUGGUAGCUGACCCUGAUAUGCUCAGACAGAUCAUGGUGAAGGACUUCAGCACCUUCCCCAACAGAAUGACAAUCCGUGCCGCUACUAAGCCCAUGAGUGACUGUCUGCUGAUGCUGAGGAACGAGCACUGGAAGAGAGUACGCAGCAUCCUCACCCCCUCCUUCAGCGCAGCCAAGAUGAAAGAGAUGGGUCCUCUGAUUAACACUGCUACUGACACCCUGCUCACCAACCUCAAUUGUCAUGCUGAGUCUGGAGAGAGCUUUGACAUUCACAGGUGUUUUGGCUGUUUCACCAUGGACGUGAUUGCCAGCGUUGCAUUUGGCACUCAGGUGGACUCUCAGAAGGACCCAGAUGACCCGUUCGUCCACCACGCCCAGAAGUUCUUCUCUUUCUCCUUCUUCACACCCAUCAUGUUCGUCUUCAUUGCGUUUCCAUUCCUGAUUCCUCUGGCCCGUUUCCUCCCCAACAAGAGGAGGGAUGAGAUGAACAACUUCUUCAUCAACUGCAUUCAGAAGAUCAUCAGACAGAGAGAUGAGCAGCCAGUUGAAGAGCGGCGGCGAGACUUCCUACAGCUGAUGCUGGAAACGCGGAACAGCAAGGAGUGUGUGUCGCUGGAGCACUUUGACGUGGUCAACCAUGCAGAUGAGCUGGCCCCCACACACACUCACACAAACCAGCAAGAAAAUGUUGACGGCAGCCAUGAGUCACCCAGCAGACGCUCUCUCCAGACCCAGAAGAGGAUGAUGUCGGAUGAUGAGAUCGUGGGCCAGGCAUUUGUGUUCUUCUUGGCGGGGUAUGAGACCAGUAGCAACACGCUGGCCUUCACCUGCUACCUCCUGGCUCUACACCCAGAGUGUCAGAGCAAACUGCAGGCUGAGGUGGAUGACUUCUUCACCAGAUAUGAUUCACCAGAUUACACCAAUGUCCAGGAGCUGAAAUAUCUUGACAUGGUCAUAUCAGAAGCUCUGCGCCUCUACCCGCCUGGUUUCAGGUUUGCCCGUGAAGUUGACGAGGACUGCAUGGUGAAUGGACAGUUCCUACCCAAGGGAGCCACCCUGGAGAUCCCUGCAGGCUAUCUGCACUAUGAUCCAGAGUACUGGCCCGAGCCAGAGAAGUUCAUCCCUGAGAGAUUCACAGUGGAGGCCAAGGCCAGCAGACACCCGUUUGUGUACCUGCCGUUUGGGGCGGGGCCCCGCAGCUGUGUUGGCAUGAGGCUGGCCCAGCUGGAGAUCAAGAUGGCCCUGGUGCAUGUCUUCAGGAAGUUCAACAUUGUGGCCUGCACAGACACCAAGGUUCCUCUGGAGUUGAAGUCUCACACCACUCUCGGACCCAAGAAUGGCAUCUAUGUGACAAUCACUAAAAGAGAGAUAGAGGGAGAACCGGCGACUCCCCCUGCAGGAGAAUAGCUCUGUUCUGUAUCUGCUUUCUAGAACGUAGUGUGAUUUCUAUGAAACAGAUAAAAUAAGCAGUCACUGGAUGGAUAAUGUAAGGCUAAAAAUAAAGUAACAUUAACCUAGCCUGGUCCCAGAUCUGUUUGUGCUGUCUUGCUAACCUCUAUGGUUAUUGUCACACUUUUGGCACUCCCUUUACAUAAGAGAGUUGGCAAUAAAGCACAAACAGAUCUGAGACCAGGCUAGCAUUAACCUCUUCUUUAACUUAAAUAUCUAAAAGUAUUUGGUUAAAUGUACUUAAGUAUCAAAAGUAAAACAUUUCAAAUUCCUCAUAUUAAGCAAACCAGACGGUACCAUUUUUAUUUUAUGAAAAAAAAUACAUGGAUAGACAGGGCCACAUUCCAACAUGCAGACAUCAUUUACAAAUGAAGCAUGUGUGUUUAGUGAGUCCGCCAGAUUAGAGGCAGUAGGGAUGACCGUGAAUUGCACUAUUUUCCUGUUCUGCUAAGCUAUCAAAAUGUAACAAGUACUUUUGGGUGUCAGGGAAAGUGUGUGGAGUAAAGUACAUUAUUAAAAGUAAAAGUUGUCAAAAAUAAGUAAGUAAAUAAGUAAGUAAAUAAGUACAGAUACCCCCAAAAACUACUUCAGUAGUACUUUUUUACUUAAGUACUUUAUGCAAUUGCUUCCAUGGUAAAUUACAAUUUGCACAGAAAAAGCGAGGUUGUGCCAGGGGCAGCUCACCUUUUUAAUCAGCCAAUGUACUGGAUGGAGGUCAAGCCCUCCAAGAGGUCCCUGCCAAUGGCACAAUGAUCGCCACGGUGAUUCUGCAGGACUAGAGAGAGGGGGAGGAGAAGCAUGCUGGGGGAACUGUGAGCUGGUGGGAGGGGGAAAACUGUGACAAACUUCUUAUAGCAAAAGAACAACAUUCCUUGAAAUCUGUAUAAAUUCAUGUUGAUAUCUAUUAUUACUGAAGUCACUGCAGGACUGCAUUAAAGGGAAGGAUCAAUUCAUAGUAUAAUGUAUGUUAGAACAUGCCCAUUAACUAUUAAAGGGAUAGUUCAUUAAAAUUAAAAAUAUAUAAUAUUGGUUUCCCUGUAAGUAGUCUAUGGAUAAGACCAUCCAUGCUUUAGUUGGGUUUACCUGUCCACUGUCUCCAAAUGCUAUGCAAUUACCUUGUCCAUAGACUUUUUACAGGGUAAAGUAAUCAGAAUGUUUUUGUCAUUUGGAUGGACUAUCCCUUUAAGGAUUUGUAUUGUCUCUCCCAACAGCUAUGGCUGGAAAGUGAGUCUUUGCAAGCAUCCUCGCAAUUAUCCAUCAUAAUAGUGUAGGCAUUGACUAAAUGUUAUAGGACCUCCCCCUCACAGAUUUCCAAAUCUUUCAUCUUUAAAAUGAAGCUGAUUUACAUGAAGGUAAUACUAAUAAGAUCACGACUCCAUGAGAGCGGAAAUCAAUAUCAGCUCACUCCAUUUCUCAUUUCCUCUUUAAGUUGAAAAGCUCUGAUGUUACUGUGUAUGAUUUCUUUAACAAGAACAAGGAACACACCAGGCAGGUCCAAGAUACUGUUGUGAAGAAGUUUAAAGCCGCAUUUGGAUACAAAAAUAUUUCCCAAGCUUUAAACAUCCCAAGGAGCACUGUGCAAGCGAUAAUAUUGAAAUGGAAGGAGUAUCAGACCACUGCAAAUCUACCAAGACCUGGCCCUCCCUCUAAACUUUCAGCUCAUACAAGGAGAAGACUGAUCAGAGAUGCAGCCAAGAGGCCCAUGAUCACUCUGGAUGAACUGCAGAGAUCUACAGCUGAGGUGGGAGACUCUGUCCAUAGGACAACAAUCAGUCGUAUAUUGCACAAAUCUGGCCUUUAUGGAAGAGUGGCAAGAAGAAAGCCAUCUCUCAAAGAUAUCCAUAAACAGUGUCGUUUAAAGUUUGCCACAAGCCACCUGGGAGACACACCAAACAUGUGGAAGAAGGUGCUCUGUUCAGAUGAAACCAAAAUUGAACUUUUUGGCAACAAUGCAAAACGUUAUGUUUGGCGUAAAAGCAACACAGCCCAUCACCCUGAACACACCAUCCCCACUGUCAAACAUGGUGGUGGCAGCAUCAUGGUUUGGGCCUGCUUUUCUUCAGCAGGGACAGGGAAGAUGGUUAAAAUUGAUGGGAAGAUGGAUGGAGCCAAAUACAGGACCAUUCUGGAAGAAAACCUGAUGGAGUCUGCAAAACACCUGAGACUGGGACGGAGAUUUGUCUUCCAACAAGACAAUGAUCCAAAACAUAAAGCAAAAUCUACAAUGGAAUGGUUCAAAAAUAAACAUAUCCAGGUGUUAGAAUGGCCAAGUCAAAGUCCAGACCUGAAUCCAAUCGAGAAUCUGUGGAAAGAACUGAAAACUGCUGUUCACAAAUGCUCUCCAUCCAACCUCACUGAGCUCGAGCUGUUUUGCAAGGAGGAAUGGGGAAAAAUUUCAGUCUCUCGAUGUGCAAAACUGAUAGACAUACCCCAAGCGACUUACAGCUGUAAUCGCAGCAAAAGGUGGCACUACAAAGUAUUAACUUAAUAAUAAUAAUAACUUAAGGGGGCUGAAUAAUUUUGCACGCCCAAUUUUUCAGUUUUUGAUUUGUUAAAAAAGUUUGAAAUAUCCAAUAAAUGUCGUUCCACUUCA